AUGAAGAUUUCAAUAAUUGAUGAAACGCUGACUUUAGAGAAACACAUGCCUCCCGUCAGUAACUGGCAAAAUGAUUAUGACAAAAUGAUUUUGCCAUGUUUAGAAGCCAAGAAACCCUGUUACAUAAUGUAUCGUCUUGACACUCAGAAUAACCUUGGUUAUGAAUGGGCAUUCAUAUGCUGGUCACCUGACUUUUCACCGGUGCGAGAGAAGAUGUUGUAUGCAGCGACAAGAGCUACUCUAAAAUCUGAAUUUGGAGGGGGGCACAUAAAAGAAGAACUGUUUGGUACCGUUACUGAAGAUAUCAGUUUGAAUGGCUACAAACAAUAUAUGGCAUUCCAACAUGCUCCAGCUCCUCUUACCUUUGCAGAAGAAGAGUUGGAAAUGAUCAAGAAAAAUGAGGUUAAUGUAAACGUGAAUGUUGAUACUAAAAACCAAACCAUGCAAGGAAUAGCAUUCCCAAUUUCUAAUAAUGCCAUUGAGAUGAUUGUACGAUUACGAGAUGGUGAUAUAUCUUAUGUUCAGCUUAGUAUUGAUAUUAAGAAUGAGAGUAUUGAACUCGAACUUGCUGAUAACACCCAGUUAAACAACCUUCCUUCCAAAGUGCCUUCUGAUCAUGCCCGCUAUCAUUUCUUUAACUUCAAGCACACACACGAAGGAGAUUUCAUGUCCAGUAUUGUGUUCAUCUACUCAACACCUGGCUACAACAUUCCAGUCAAAGAACGAAUGUUAUAUUCCAGUUGUAAAUCACAAUUUCUUUUUUCCGUGGAACAAGAGCUUCAAAUACAGAUUGCAAAGAAGAUUGAAAUUUCGGAAGGUUCUGAACUGACAGAAGAAUUUCUCUUAGACGAGCUCCAUCCAAAGAAAAACAUUGCACGACAGGCUUUUGCAAAACCAAGGGGACCAUCAAACAGAGGUCCAAGGCGCAUGAUCCGACCGCAAACGGAAUCAAGUUUUAACUAA